CCGCCACACUCCACCACGUAUCGCGUACCGCGGCCCCGGUUCCUUCUCCGUCAUCGUGCGCCACGAUAAUAUACGCGUUUCCCGUUCAUAUCGAGACACCGAACCGAACGACUCCCCCUGUGCCGCGCGCGUGUGAGUGUGUGCGAGCGAGUGAGUGUGCGUUCAGAACUUUUCAUUGUUUUUUUUUUUUUUUUUUAUUGUACCUCGUCCGAACACCGUUUUUCCAUCGGCGGUGUGCGAACACAUAGCAAAAACGACGACGAGCCGACGUUAUUAUUGUUAUUUAAUAAUAUUAUUACUAUCAGAUAGACGUUGUCUCAUGUCAGCGACGACCGCCCGAGGCGGCGGCGGCGAUCCUCACGGGAUUUUCUCGUCUCCGGUUGUCGCCCUCGCGACGUCCAUGUAAAACCACCGGCACCAUCCCUCGUGACCGUCACUUUCCCCACACCUACCGUGCCUCUCGCUCUCCUUCGGUUACGGAGACGGCGGUGGAGACUACUCACUAUUAUUUACAUAAGAUAAUUGAGACAAAAAUAAUAGCGCGAAUAUAUUAUUUGAUCAUAAUAAUUGUAAUACCUAUUCAAGACCUAUCGUAAUCGCGAUCGUCGUCGACUCCACCCCCUCUUUUCCGGUGGACGUCGCAUAUGAUUUUAACGCCCCGGCGGCCACUCGCCAAAACGAAAAAUACACGUCGCGCCCCCCUCCGGCCGGCCACGCAUCCGGCUAUCGCGGUGAGUUUUCCAGAGACGACGUCCCGUUUUCCCUCCGCCACCGUUAGCCGUGCCCUCGAUUUCUCGGGGCCAACGUUCAGGCAAACGGGAAACGUUCAAUUCGGGUUGAUAACUGCAUUGAAAAAAUGAUGAUAACGCGUCUUAUGGUCGGCUGUGAACUACACCUAUGCGACGACAACCGUGUCGUUGUCCUUAGCUGACACGGAAAACACGAAGUGGUCUACUCGAAGAGGGUUCACAGAUAUUAAUCGCAUUAUCUCAUAUUAUACGUUGUGAUCGAACGCCAAUAUUGAUAUGUUGGGGAGCAGCUUACACCAUCAUCGGAACAUGUCAUUCCCUCACGGUGGCUCUGUGAUACACAAUAAUAUGCCUCCAUCUGUCAGUAAAAAGACACCAGGUGGUGGUCGACUGAAUGCCGUAGUGAACAAACUUCAUUUAGCGAAACAAUGUACUUCAGAUAAUUCUUAUCCAGAGACGGUAGCGGAACAAAGUUCCAUAUCGAUUUUACACAAUUUGUUGAAUCCUGCACCUGUUACUACUGGUUCAGAAAAGAAAAGCCUACGAGCUCCUCCGGCAUUGUUUCCACUUACUUCGGAAGUGACAAUACAACGUUACCCAAUCGUUCAUCCAGUUAACGACCGCCCAUUAGAUGUUUUUCAACGACUAAAGCGAUUGGGCACGGAUAUAGCAAUGGAAGAAAUUCGCAAUGAGACUACGUUGAGUAUUAUUCCCACGCCGGCAUCAUCACUGAGUGCAUCUGUGUCAUUGACUCCUAUGAAUAAUUAUAAAACCAAUCAAUCGGCGGUUUCUAGUUAUAUUGUAAUGCCCAAAACCAAUGUGUUCAACAACAGAAAAAUACCAGAACCAUCUGUUGUUCUGGAAAUGAAAAUGACUCCUACUAAACAGCUGAAUGUUCCCAUUCCACAUUUUAGUAGCAGUACAACCGACUCAAAGAGUUACGAAUUUUCAAUUGAUCAGUCACAAAUCCGUGUUACAGAUAACGGACACAAGCUCUAUUCUUGCAACGUAUGUCCCGGCAUAUACCAGCGUAGGGGAGCUUUGAAGAAGCAUUACUUGAAGGCACACAUAAACUAUCAUUAUUUGACAACUCGAGAUCUGCAAAUUGCCGGAUUCAGAGGUGAUAGACUUGAUAAAAUGUUGACCAAAUGGAAAGACUCUAAUGGUCAAAUUGGUUACUAUCACUGUCACAAGUGUUGUGUGUCAUUUAACACUCCACUUGAGUUGCGGCGUCACGUGUCCAGUCAUCCUCCCCCCGUUUUACAUUCACUUGCUGUAAAAAAAUUAUCUGAUAUUGUUACCAAAGUUUGUGAAUUAUGUUUGUAUUGUGAUAAAAAAAUUGAAAACGAAGACGAUCGGAAGAGUCAUUUAUCUAAAAUGCACCCUCCCAAAAGAAGAUGUCAUAUGUGUAUUUAUUGUCAGUUAAACUUUUUCGAUUUGUACACGUUGCACAAACACAUGUGUACACUUCACGAAGACAUGUAUUAUGGCUGUGCUGAGUGUAAAGAGAGAUUUGUAUCCAAAGAAUUGGCUAAGAAUCAUAAAAAUAUUUGUUUGAACAAUCUCUGUAUAAAAUUGGAAUCUGACAGCAGUAUAAAAAAGGAGACUUACAAUCACGAAGAGCCUAUAGUCGAACUAAUAGAACUGAAAGUCAAAGAACCUAAAACAAUUGAAGUUACUAAAGAAGAACCUCUUCUACCUGUUGUGCUUCCUCUAACACUUCCAGUUCCUCCUGAAAAACAGAAAAAAGAGGAAGUGAAAAAAAAAGAAGAAUCAAAGAAAGAAGAAAUAAUUAAAAAGAAAGAGGAUUCCAAAGUUUACCCUUAUUAUUGCCCCGAUUGUAAGAAAGGAUUUACUCAACAACCGAAUCUAGCACGGCAUAUGAGCUUAGGUCAUGGUAAAAAAUUGGAGUACAAAAAGAUAACAAAAAAGUUACUACAAACUACAACUAGUAGUAAAGUGAUUUUACCAAAAAAACCUGUAAAAGUCCAAGAAAAAGAAUUAAAAGACGAGAUUCAAGAUUUAAGCGCUAGAGGAACCCAAUUUGUUUACUUGAACAAUAAAAACGAGUUGGUCACUAAACAGGGCUUACCUUUUGAUAUAUCGUACAUGAAUCUAGAAAUUCAGAAUAGAAUCAAACGUACAGUGCCGUCCUUGAAUUCCAGUUCGACAUCUAGUGAAGAUGAUAUGACAAUGGGUUCCUUAGAAGCUGACGCGGCUUCAUCGUAUGGGUUUCCGAGUCCCCACGAUCUCGAAAGAGAAAAACUGGAAGGAUUUAGUGGCGAAUGGUUGUACCCACGUACUUACAUCUGUUCGGCGUGCCCGAUGAGGUGUUCCAAUAUUUGGGAGAUCUAUUAUCAUAAGUGGAAUGUACACCCCAAUGUGCAUUGUCAUCAUUAUGACAUACCGUUGGAUCAACUACCAUCCCAAAUAUGGCGACCUGAACGAAAUUUGAGCAGAAUCGGCUUAUUGACAGAAUGUGACGAGCUCCAGACUGAUGUUCCGCAAUGUACGAAAUGCGGAAAAUCAGAAAAUGAUCUCGCUCAGCUCCAUCGUCAUUUACUGGAUUGUGGUGGCGAUACAGAGUGGCUCAAAACCAUGAUUCACACGACCAAAUCGCCAAAUAGUAAAAAAUCUAGGAAAAAUUGGAGACCGUUCAAUUUCCGAAGGCGAAGGAAUGGUAGAGCCAGACACGGUCUUAAAAGAACUCCGCCCACACCUCCAUUACCCGUUGUAAAAACUAAACCUGGCGAUGCCGAAAGCGUAAGCCGAAUGAUAGCUGAUUUACCUCCAAAACGAGUCACAAGGAGAUUAGUUUUUGAAGCUCCCAAUGGAAAUAACCAAGCAACAAUAAAUAGCAAGGCUGUGGGGCGAAAGGUUCCUAUUGACAUGAGUCGAAAUCUGACUGUAUCAAGUUCAACUGUAUAUAGUAAAAAAAUUAAAAAACCACUGCCGGUUGCACCAGAAACUGCCAAUCUCAUAUCCGAAGCUCCAGAUUUUCUUCGUAAAUUAAAUAUUAUGCGAGCUCCGUCAAAACCAGCCGAACAUGUAACACCUUUCAGUAAGUCUGAAACCGAAGAAAUUAUAGCGGCUAUGAGAAAAACGCUAAUGGCUUCUCCUGCGCCCACACCAGUAGUUCUACCUAAAAAACGUAAAAGAGCACCUUAUGAUUUCAAACAACUAGCUGAGAAAAUCGCUCAACACGAUCAUAACGAAAUACUAGAUCCAAAAGUAGACGUCGAUAAAAACGUUUCCAGCGAAGUUGUGCAAGUAUCAGUGAACAAGAAUAAAGGGAUAAAAUUGAUGAAGGAAGUAGAAAUUGGAUUAAUUAAACAAGAUCGAUUACGCAGAAAGAGAGAUAAUCCAGAAAAGGUUUUUGAAAAACCCGUAGUUCCACCAAAGAAAGCUAAAAUUGAAACUCGAGUAAAAAAUACAAAAUUUGAUGUCCAAGUUACUGAAAAAACUAAAGUAGGAACUCAAGUGAAAAAGAAAAAUUAUAAAGCUGUUACCAAAAAAAGUGUUGUUAAAAGUGAUGCUCCUAAAGUGCAAACUCGUAAUAGUAAAAGGGAUAAGGUCAAGAAAUUGCCAUCGACUGAAUUACCUCUUUUAGAAAAAGAGGAUGAUAAAGCAUUAGUAGUUAAUGAUGAUGAGUCAUCCAGUUUUAUUGACCUUGAAUCUAGUCAAGAUAUGUGUUCGAGUAAUACUUCUGACAAUAAAAAAGUUGUUAAAGUGAAUCCUUUUAAGCCAAAAGCAAAAAAUAGAAGAAAACCUGGUAUUUUUUUUGGGUCAAGAAAAAGAAAGCGAAAUUUAAAGACUGAAAAUAAAAUCCAAUCUUCAACAACCGAGUUUGAUUUGUCAUCGCCAAAUUCCAAGUGUUCUGAAGUAAGCGCUGUAAAAGCAGACCAAAACAAAGAACAAAUCUUGCCAAACGGUGAGGAGGUAUUCAAUGAACUUAUAAAAACAGAUUUUCCUCUUCAAGAAAAGUGUUUGAACUUAGAAAAAAUUGCUCAAAAUGAAUCCAAAAUCCAGAUGGACAAGGGUGAAACCAAAGCCACUGCUCCGAUCUGCGCUGAUGUCACAGAGUCAAAGGAACCCGAAGAAGUUGCGGAACCCCGUUGGCAUACACAAUCAGAUUCAUUUUUCGACUUGCCUUCCACCAUUAGCUUGGGGUCUAUUCUGAGCUCGGUUAACAAAAUUUUGGAAGGACCAGAUAGUAAUGUCACUAGUUCAGAAGUAAAUGACUACUCUUGGUCGGAGCUACAGCGUGCGAUGGGUGCUACUGACGAGGAAAUGGCAAUUUUACAAAACUUUGGUACAAAUCCUGCUCAAGUGGAUCAAGAAGCUGGCGGGGAAAAUAAAUUGGAGCUUCUGGACUUAGAUUGUCGUCAAGAAACUGGUAUUAAUCAUGAAGAGAAAAAAGAAAUGCCAGAUAACAGUGAACUGAACUUUAAAUGUAAGGUGUGCGACCAAUGCUACAAAGGUAUUGCAGCAUUUCGUAUACAUUCCCUCGAUGUACACAGUAUUGAAGAUCCUGAACUAGUUAAUGUAAUAAAAUCUGAUAACCUACUCGUCUGUUGGGUAUGCAAGCUUAUCACGGAAGGAGGACCAGAAGUUCUCGAAGAACACAUGGUAAAAGAUCAUGAGUUUGACGAUUCUAAUGGGGAAAACGGAAAGGAAUUAAAGAACAAAAUGGUCUGCAAAUUAGGUGAAAUUUUGGAUCAAGCCUUGAAAAAUCUUAUUUCUUCUACACAAAAACCUGCUGGCAAAAUUUGGAGCGGUGGAGCCAUAACUUUGUUGGGAAAAUUAUGCGCCUUACGUAACAAUGAAAAGGGUACCACUGUGUCUAGUAGUAUUGCUAAUUCGGCGCUCGCCAAAGAUUUACGAAAAGUAAUAGGGCGCAAUGGUAAUGGGUCUAAUAGUAAAACACAAACUAAAAAAUGGCAGUCUCCCCACGCUCUUCGUCAAAAUGCUCGUUUAGCCGCUUUGUCUGAAGCCGCUCAAAGAUUGACGCCCAUGAUCGAUUCUGAUGACUCGUCGAGCAUAUACAAGUGUCCGAUUUGUAACAUUGGUUUUGAAACGACCAGUACAAGAAACAAACAUAUCAGCCGAGCGCACAACAGUCCAAAGAAAUCCACUCGGCUUGAUAUUACUAACAACGCCAACGAUUCAUCCCAACCCACCCAAGCGCCAACAGUUCCAGAAGAAACGCCGGCGGCUGAACCUGCCCAAGUUCAUCCAAUGUUCACAGUGGGCGCGUUAAACCGUCGAGGGCUCAAGAAGUUUAACAGCACGUGUAGCGAGGAAGUACGAGCACGGGCAAAACAAGCAUUACGUGAUCUCGAAAUCAAAUCUAGAUUAAAACAUUACACAUUUUCUGGCGACCAACCUUCACCUAAUUGAUUUACAUGUUCGUUGGUUUCCGUUUCAAUGUUUCUCCAUUUGUAUAAAUAAAAUACAAUUUUAGAUAACCAUACUGUGUUCAAUUUGCCCUCAUCAAUUAUUUUGUAUUAUUGCUUUUAUAUAUAGUAUAUAUAUAUAUAUACUAUUAGGAAAAUAUAUAUAUAUCAAUGUGUUUUAAAUAUAUAUAUAUUUAUAUAAUUUGUAUAUAAUCAAUUGUAAUAGGUAAAUGACUACUUGUGGUUUAAAUGUUUAUGUAUAAAAUUAAUUCCUCAUUAAGACAAAUUGUUUUGUUUUAUUUGAAUAUAACUUUUUUAAAACAAUCUGCUUUGAUGAUAACUUUUCAAAGUAAUC